AUGUACAUCAAGCCUUUCGCCCUCCUGUCCCUCCUGGGCGCUGCCCAGGCUCUGGCGCCGCCAAAGAUCCUUUCCCCCGACGACGUCAUUGUUCCCAACGACGAUGGCUCAUACUCGAUUAUGAAGGAUUACGAAUAUGGCAUCCAGAAGUCAAAGAGGGAGAUGCUGAACAAGAGGUCCAAGCACAGCCCUCCGACCGCUCCGUCGGAUGUUGGUGCCCUUGAGAGGAGGUGUGAGGACACCACCGAGGUCCAGGUCCUCACGGACACCAACUUCAACAACUGGGAUGUCGCCAUGUCACCGGUCAUCUCCAACACCGGCUCGAGCAUGGCCAUCAUUGCUGUGUCCAAGGGCUACAGUAUCUCCAACUCCGUCUCCGUCACAGAGAGUUCCUCAUACACAGUCAUCCCCGAGAUCCUGACAGUGUCCCUGUCCAUCACCGUCUCCACAACUUGGACAACAGAGAACUCCCAGACCUUCUCCUUCUGGGUGCCGGCGGGCCAGCACGGCGUCGUCGUGAGCCAGCCCUACGUGCGCCGCGUCACGGGCAACCUCGUCACCGGGUGCUCCGACUCGCCCAAGCUCGAGCCCUUCACCGCGGACUCGUACUCCAGCCAGACCUACAGCGAGAUGACCUGGGUCAAGGGCCCGAUCAUGCUUUGCAACGGCACCGAGUACCCCAUUCCGUUCUGCAACGGAAACGGCGUCCACAAAUAA